CACAGCCUCCAGCCGCCGCGAAGCCGGACCCCAGCCCUCGCCGCGCCGCCGCAGUUCAGUUCCAGGAUGUUACCUUUGACAGUGAGAGUGUUGGUGCUGCUGCUGCCCUUGGGUCAGGCCGCUCCCAAGGACGGAACCGUGAGGCUGGAUCCUGACCUGCAGCAGCAGCCCUUGCCCAACCCCUUCCAGCCAGGCCAGGAGCAGCUCCGGCUUCUGCAGAACUACCUACAGGGACUGGAGAAGAUGGAAGAGGAGCCGGAACACAUGAGCCGGGAGCAGGUUCUCCUCUACCUCUUUGCCCUCCACGACUAUGACCAGAGUGGACAGCUGGAUGGCCUGGAACUGCUGUCCAUGUUGACCGCAGCUCUGGCCCCUGGAGCUGCUGAUUUUCCUAUUGCCAACCCGGUGAUCCUGGUAGUGGACAAAGUGCUCGAGACCCAGGACCUGAAUGGGGAUGGGCUCAUGACCCCUGCAGAGCUCAUCAACUUCCCAGGAGAGGCCCCAAGCCACACAGAGCCCAAAGAGCCUCUGGAGCCACAAGAUGUUGGGAGGCAGUCCCUGGUAGCUAAAAGCCCAUCAAGACCGGAAACGCAGCAAGCCCUGGGUCCUAGAGGAGAAGAUGGGGGACAGGUAGAGGCCAGAAGGGAGUCCUUGGAGCCUGUACAGGAGGCUGGGGGACAGGCAGAGGCUGAAAGAGAAGCCCCAGCCCCUGGAGCGGAGGCUAUAGGACAGGCAGAGGCCAGGGAUACUGGAAAGGAAGCAGAGGAGCUUCCAGGGGAAACACUGGAGUCGAAGGACACCCCAAAUGACUUUGAAGUUCAUGCUGUUCAACUGGAGAAUGAUGAGAUAUAAAUCUUGAGGUCACAA